AUGAAAGUCAAGAAGGCGCGCACGAAGGGAGGCAACGCCCUCGCGGGCAAGGGGAAGAAGAAGCUUGUGAAGGGCAAGAAUAAGCUUGCCACAGGGAGCGGCGCAAAGUCUGGACUCCUACAAAACAAGGCCAAAGUGAGCGUCUCAGGUCAUAAAAAAAAAACUUCCAUGGUGAAGAAGACAAUUGGCACUGCAGGAAGUAAACGAUACAGUUGGCUGUUCGAAAAAAACGGGGACAAGACCCAACAUGCUGCUUCCACCAAGGCGACCAAAAUCAGACGCUCAGGUGCAGACGACAGCCCCGAUAGCGAUGAGGAUGAUGCACAAAGUGGACGCGAAAAUGGGAUUGAACAUGAGGGAGGAGCGAAGGCGAAGAAAAAAAAAUUCGUCCUAUACAAAAACAAAAAGGGGAAGAAGAAAAAGAACAAAAACAAAGGAAUGUUAACCUGCUUUCACAACCUAGGUCUCAGUGAAAAAAUGUGCAGAAGCAUAUCAAGUAACCUCAAAUAUAACCGACCCACGGACAUUCAAAAAAUGUGUAUCCCAAAAAUACUCCACAGGAAGGAUGUCAUAUGUAUAAGUAAAACGGGAACAGGCAAAUCGCUAGUAUAUGUAAGCACGAUGAUAGACCUCCUGGCAGAGCACAGCCAGUUUUUCGGAGUUCGAGGUCUAGUCUUGGUGCCCACGAAAGAGCUAGCCAUUCAAAUAUUAAAAUUGUCCAAAAAAAUAUGUAAAAAUUUUUUUAAUUUAAAAAUAAAUGUAAUAAUUGGUGGAAUUAAUUUAAACAAGCAAUUCGAUAUGCUCAAGGAAAAUUUAGACAUUCUUAUAUGCACCCCUGGAAGACUUAGUUUCAUAUUAAAGGAAAGCAACUUAAGUUUGGAGAAAGUAGAAGUGCUCAUCAUUGAUGAAGCAGACAGGCUAUUGGAGUUAAACUAUUUCAACGACAUGAAUAAUAUAUACAAAAGUAUGCAUCGUACAAACAAACAAACAUUACUAAUCAGUGCAACUCUCCCAACGGAUGUACAAAACUACUUCAAACUCAAAUUAAACAAUCCUGAAGUCUUGUCCGUGAGUUCAGAUAAUACCAUAAGUGAAAAAAUGAAAUUACAUUUUUUAUUCACCAGAUCGUAUGAAAAAUAUGGAGUCCUAAUUAAACUCAUUUUCCUUUUUAAAAAAAAAAAUCUCGGCAAAACUCUUAUUUUUUUCUGCACAAAAUAUCAUAUUUUAUUUUUUUCAAAAAUAUUAUCAUCUUUGAAAAUUCCUCAUGCGAUGCUGUAUGGCAAUUCAGACACCUCCUUUCGCUUCGAUCAGAUUAAAAAAUUUACUAACAUGGAAGAGAUCCAGUUUCUCCUCGUCACUGAUGUUGCUGCUAGAGGGAUAAACAUCACCAGUGUUCAAAACGUAAUAAAUUACAACCUCCCAUUUUCUCCUAAACUGUUUAUUCACAGAGUCGGUCGUGCCUGCAGGGAUGACGCUAUGCCCAGUGGAUACGCCGUGUCCCUCGUCACCUACCAGGACGUCCUCUACGCCUACGAGAUAUGCUUCUUCAUCGGUAAGAAGCUCAAGUUUUUCAGGCGCGCCGCCAACACAAGCGAACCCACAGACACGGCAAAAGUUGACCAACACACGGACACGGCAAAAGUGGACCAACACACGGACACGGCAAAAGUGGACCAACACACGGACGCGGCAAAAGCGGACGAACACACGGACGCGGCAAAAGCGGACGAACACACGGACGCGGCAAAAGCGGACGAACACACGGACGCGGCAAAAGCGGACGAACACACAGACCCCGCCAACACAAGCGAGCUCGUAGAAAGCGCGCACGCGCCCGGUGACGUCGUCUACCUCGGCUCGCUCAACCACGUCAGCGACUACGUCGAACUCGUGGACAAUCACAAAAACGCAGACCAGGAACUGGGCUCCCUCAAUAGAAGCAUCCUGGCCUCCUACAAGCUGUACUACGCCAUGAGGCCCAAAGUGUCCAAGUACGCCAGCACAAAGUGUGUUAAUAAAAUUAACAAAAUAGGGGGCGUUUACAAACUCUGUUUAUUUUAUCACCCGGAUGAAAUAUAUGAGAAUGUCCCUGCCGAUGGGGCAAGAGAGGAAAUUCCCUCGAGUGGACAGAAGCUAGCACAACUGGAGGGCAUACCAGCUGAUGGUGUGGUUAGCUCUCCUAACGAUGGGGAAGCAGACGGGACAGACGUUACCAUAGAGGCGGACCCACAUGGAGGAGCCCUGGCCCAGCCGAAGAAUUACACCCACAACGAACUCAUGACGAUCAUUCACAAUUUCCAAAGCAAUGACAGUGGGAGAGUGAAAGGAAUAUCAGAGGAUGUUAAAGACAAAUUGAACAAACUGAAAGAGAGGAUGCAUAUGACUAAGCGAGGCCGAAAUGGACAGGCAACGGACGACAUGGACGAACUCAUGGGCGCCCUUGCCAUGGGUCUCUCCGAUCACGAACAUGAUAGCGAUUACGAAUUGGAACAGUUGUGGGAGGACCGCGAAAAUAAUAGUGGAGAUGAUGCGGAAACAACUAAUAAGCCGAAGAAAAUGAGCAAAAGGGCGUUAAAAAAGAUGAAGAAGGAGGCACAGCAGAAGCAGCAACGCGGUAAAGAUGCCACCUGUGGGGAAGCCACGCAAGAGGAGGAGACCCCCCUCAAAGAAUCCCCCCCAAAUGGAAGAACCAACAAAAGCAACAUCUCAUUUGAUGAUAUACUAAAAAAAAUAAAUGAAAAAAAAAUGAAACAAGAAACAGCCGCAGCCUUCGCUAUUAAAACUCCCGGAUUCGACUUACCUCCAGAUGAGGAAGAAGAAUUGAACAAGCAAAGAUUCAUAAAAAAAAAAGUGUGGGACAUGAAGAAGAGAAAAUUUGUCUUACAGGAAGUAGAUACCUUCCAGAGUGAUGGCUUCAAAAAGAAGGACAGACGAAAGCAUGUAGGGGUACCUGGCAAAGGUAACCACGCAGAAGAUGGCUCAGCUGAACCCACCAGCAACCUCUACCAAAAGUGGGUGAAACGCACAAAAAAUAGAAUCAAAAAUGUAGGCGAGAUGGAAGAUGAAAGAAGACAAAAAGAUAGAAAUCAUUCUGUCAAGACAAAACGGGGAAAUCGCCACUCAGGGGACGAUACAAACAGUAACCACCUGGACGAUGAAAAACAAACGCACUUGCAAAUGCUCAAGCAGAACCACCCUGAGAUUACCGAAUCAUUAUCCAAUAACAUCAAGCUGACUAAGAAGCAGCAGAGGCUGUACAAGAAGUACCUCUCGGGCAGGUACAUGGAUCCUGAACCAAAUUCCGCAUUACACAAAAGCUUGCCACAGAUGCAGAAGGAGAAGGCCAAAAUGCUACAGAAGAAACUCAGGACAGAUAAAAAUUUCAGGGUGAGAUAUGCGCGCAUGAAGAAGAAGAGGCACGAGAAGAAACUGCGCGAGAAGGAGAACUUGAAAAGCGCCCGAGCGCGUUCCCUGGCCAUUGUUAAGAGGAAAAAAAUACGCAAGCGGGGGGGAAAGGCGAGGUAG